UGCUUGGACCGGCCAACGACUCAUUUUAUUAUUUAAAACAUAACAUUAUUUUGUAUUAAUUUUAUAUGUUUUAUACUUAUAUUUAAUGCUUUGACAUGACUUGGAUUGAAGAAAUCAAAUCAAUUUGAUUAUAUGAAUAAUCCAAUUUUUGGACAGAUCUCGUUGUUUACAUAAAAAGCAUAUUUUAUACUUAUAGUACCCCUUGAAAAAGCCUUCAUCUUCCUCCUUAACUCCUAAUCUCUUUCUUUCCUUCAUUCCUUUGUUUUCUUUUCAGAUUUGUUAAAAGAAAAGCAAAGGAGGGGCCAACACAACAUGGGAAAUAGAUAUAAUUGCCAUCAGAAUCUACAUUUGAAUCAUGCAAAGAGAAGCAUCUUUUUGCCGAUGUUGUGUUCGAAGGUAUCCAUUAAUAAAGAUGUGAUGAAGCUUCCCAAAUGGAAAGACAAGUUAUCAGAUGACCCUUUGUCGCCAAAGAUCGGUUGCAUGGGACAAGUGAAGAGGAACAACAGGAUUGUUGGCUUCCCUGCACUCGAUAUCACCACCAAGAUCAACAACAGCUGCAAUGCUAAUAAUAAUACCAAUGAUAAUGGCAUCAAGUAUUUCAAGCUCAAGAAGUUGUUUUCUGGCAAAAGAAAACAAGGGUUGGUAGAACAUGGUGGGAAAGAGAACAGUGGUUCGCGUUCAAUCAACAUCGAAAACAUGGAUCCCCCUUUGCCUGUGAUCAAGAGAGUGCCGAAACAAGGUGAUAAAGGAGAAGGAGACACUCUUUGGCAGAGGAGAUCUCGUGGGGUUUCAUUGGAAAGCCUACAGCUUAAACAGAUUCAACUUAACAGACGUCGAGAACCGACCACAGUUUAAUAACUAGGUGGAACACUACAAGGUUAGAUAAUGUGUAUAUGAUUUGUUCUUAAAAUUUCCAUGUUUUUUUAUGAUUGUGGUGUUGGAGACAUCGAAUUGUGGUGAUGCUAGUAAAGAGAUGUAUAUGAAUUAUUCAUCAAAGAUUUAGGAAUUUUUAUCUCUCAAAAUUAUUAUGGAAACACCAUCAUUAUAUUUUCUUGA